ACACUUCCGAAAAGGUUUUGACAGCACGACAGCUGCUUUUAUGUGACAUGCGCAAACACAUAACUACUUUUAGUGAGUGAUGUGUCUAGAUGAUCUCAGUUGUGAAUCGUUUUGGUAAAUUUCUCUCGUCUCCCAAUUAAAUGCACCUGAAGCCUAGUCAAUCGCAAGGAAAUAAUGACGAAGACAACAGUUGACUGAUGCAGCCAGACAGUUCCUACUCUUUCGCUGAUUCAACCAGCAAUAUGUACAUCCGUUUUGAUUGGAGAAAAUCACUGCGAAGUCCUCCAUCGUAUCGCAUCGGUACCACAACGUUUCGUUUUCACUUUCAUUUUGUGUUCAUCAUUAUCUGUUUGGCCACAUUAAUACUACUGUUCUACUAUGUUAAGCCGGGCUCGCGAUCAUCGUACUCGGAUAAUCUAUUUGAAAAAUUUCACCCUCCAGUCCAUCAAAGCUACAACUACACAUAUCCAUUGAGUGCGCCGAUCAUUGGCAGUGGAAUGAGAACAUAUCGCAUCGGAAUCAUAGCUGAUUUGGACAAGGAAUCGCGAAUUGUCGGCCAAAAUGCAUGGAAAAGCUACUACAAAAAGGGCUACAUCAGCUACAAAGAAUCAACGGAAGCAAUUGCAGUGUCCUUUGACGCCGAUCCUGUGUUAGAAUUACGGAAUGGCUACUCGCUGAAUGGUCGUGGCAUGGAACUAUCCGAAUUGGUCACGUUCAAUGGGAAACUACUAACAUUCGACGAUCGAACUGGUCUGGUCUUUGAGUUGAACAACGAAAAAGUUACCGUGCUGUGGCUGUUAAUGGAUGGUGAUGGCAAAACAGCGAAAGGAUUCAAAUCUGAAUGGGCUACCGUUAAAGACGAGACACUGUACGUCGGUUCCAUGGGAAAAGAAUGGACGACUUCGAGCGGUGAAUUCGGAAGUUUCGAUCCAAUGUAUGUGAAGGCUGUGUCGAUGAGUGGAGAGGUUCAUCACGUCAAUUGGAUAUCGAAUUACAAGAAGAUCCGAGAGGCGGUUGGUAUCCAGUGGCCGGGCUAUAUGAUUCAUGAGUCGGGAAUGUGGUCGGCGGUUCACCGAAAGUGGUUCUUCCUGCCGAGAAGAUGCUCGAAAAAUACAUACAACGAAACUCUAGAUGAGAUGAUGGGAUGUAACUUGUUAAUUAGUGCCGAGGAAAAUUUCAACAAAGUCAAAGUAGUUAAGCUCGGAAACUACAAACCAACACUUGGAUUUUCAAGUUUUAAAUUCGUACCUGGAACUGAUGACUCAGUUAUUGUUGCCCUUCAGACCGAAGAACUCAAUGGCAAAACAUCCACUUUCAUCACCGCGUUUACCAUCACAGGGAAAUUGUUGUUAGCGCCAGAGCGCAUCGAAACGGAUCUGAAGUAUGAGGGAUUGGAGUUCAUUUGAGUUUGUCGGACAGGGUACAACAGUUGUUUGAAUUUUAUUUAUAUUUGUUAAUAUGCCAGUCAAUGCCGUAUCUAUUGUCGGUUGAGGAGCGAACUCACUUUUGUAUUACACCGAAAAUUUCCGUAUUAAUUUGAUGAAUCCAAAAUAAUUUACACGAAACGUUUGUGAUGUAGCCAUUAUGCGUUAAAGUUUUAGAGAAAACGGUUUUUAUUUUCCAAUUAAACAGAAAUAGACUUAAAUCGAG